UUUCGACCGGAGUUAACUUUUUUUGGAGUUGCCAUUGAAGAAAGAGGGAUACUUUUAGGUUGUUGUGAAAACCCUGCUUCCUUCUCCAAACGACCAACCACUUUGUACGGUAGGGGGGUGGGGGUCCAUUGGAAAUCCUCCACCACGGUGUGGCCGGGGUGGUGGCGGCUGGGUGGGUGGGGGGAAGCGGGGUUCUUGAUUGAAUACGGAGCAGAGAGGAGUCGGGAGUGAAAGAGAAGGAGAGGCGUAAGGGGAGAAGGGGUGGGGGGGCGAUAAGGACGGGGCAGCAAUGUGUCCUCAAUGGGGGGCCGUCCGGAGUCUCCUGCUCGGUCUGCUGUUGGCCGUCUUCGUCCUGCAAAGCACCGGCGUGCAGGGUUGCCCGAGCCGCUGCCUCUGUUUCCGAACGACGGUGAGGUGCAUGCACCUCAUGCUCGAGACCAUACCCGUCGGAGUGGCUCCACAGACCACCAUCCUAGAUUUGCGCUUCAACAGAGUGAAGGAAAUUCCUGCAGGGGCUUUCAAGAGAUUAAAAAAUCUGAACACUUUGUUAAUCAACAACAACCAGAUAAAAAGAAUCCCCAGAGGAGCCUUCGAGGAUUUGGAGAAUCUAAAAUAUCUAUAUUUGUACAAAAAUGAAAUCUCUUCCAUUGAUCGUCACGCAUUCAAUGGACUCGGCUCCCUGGAGCAGCUAUACAUGCACUUCAACCAGAUAGAGAUUCUAGAACCAGACACCUUUAGCCAUCUACCCAAACUAGAACGAUUGUUUUUGCACAACAACCGACUGGCAAAGAUUCCUUCCGGGACCUUUUCUCAGCUCAGCUCGCUGAAGAGGCUGAGGCUCGACUCGAACGUGCUCAUCUGCGACUGCGAGCUGCUGUGGCUCAUGGAGCUGCUGCGCGAGUUCGCCUACCACGGGGCCACGCAGGCGGCCGCCACCUGCGAGCUACCGCGCCGCCUGCAGGGGCGCUCGCUCGCCUCCAUCACCGCCGAGGAGCUCAACUGCGCCGGCCCCCACCACGAACGUCCACGGAUCACAUCUGAGCCUCAGAAUGUCGACGUCACUCUCGGCAAUGUCGUCUAUUUCACCUGCCGAGCGGAAGGAAACCCCAAACCCGACAUCAUCUGGCUCCACAACAAUGAUGAGAUCGACAUGUCUAUGGAACGGAUGAAUCUGCUGGAAGACGGCACCCUCAUGAUAAAGGACACCCAGGAGUCAGAUCAGGGAGUCUACCAGUGCAUGGCCAAGAACCUUGCAGGGGAGGUGAAGACUCAGGAGGUGCUGUUGCGAUACUUCGGUGUAGCCGCGCGACCCAGCUUCGUCAUCCAGCCCCAAAACACGGAGGUGCUGGUCGGUGAGAGCGUGACGCUGGAGUGCAGCGCGACGGGGCACCCGCAGCCUCGCAUCACGUGGACGCGCGGGGACGGCGGCCUGCUGCCCUCUGACCCGCGCUUCGCCAUCACGCCCUCGGGGGGGCUGUUCAUCGAGAGCGUGGCAGAGGCCGACGGCGGGCAGUACACGUGCCACGCCGACAACAACCAGGACGCCAUUCAGUCCACGGCUUUCAUCAUCGUGCAGGCUGCCCCUGAGUUCACCGUGACUCCUCAGAACCAGCAGGUGGUGGAGGGGCACACCGUGGACUUCCACUGCGAGGCCGAGGGAAGGCCUCGGCCCGUCCUGGCAUGGACCCGAGCAGGGGGGCCUCUGCCCAACGACCGGCGCCACGCGGUGCUGGCGUCCGGCUCCCUGCGCAUCUCACGCGUCGGGCUGCACGACCAGGGCCAGUACGAGUGCCAGGCGGUGAACGUGGUGGGCGUGAAGCGCCACGCUGUGCAGCUCACCGUGCAGCAGAGAGUCACCCCGGUGUUCACGACCUCCCCCACGGACGUGGCCUCGGUGGCCGGCAGAGACGUGCAGAUCCUGUGCAGCGCCCAGGGGGAGCCCACGCCGAUCAUCACGUGGAGCAAAGACGGGGUGCAGCUGACGGAGAGCGGGAAGUUCCACCUGACGUCCGAGGGCUUCCUAACCAUCCGGGACGUGGGACCCGCCGACCAGGGCCGCUACGAGUGCAUCGCGCGCAACAGCAUCGGCCACGCCUCCACCAACAUGCUGCUCAGCGUACACGUCCCUGAGGGGAAUCGCACGGGAGACUCCUUCGUCGAAUCAUCCAUACAAGAAGCCAUUUUUAGCGUUGAUAGUGCCAUCAAUUCCACCCGCCGAGAGCUCUUUGACAGGAAUCCUCGGACUCCCAAUGACCUGCUGGCUUUGUUCCGCUACCCGCGGGACCCUUUCACGGUGGAGCGGGCCCGCGCCGGAGAGAUCUUCGAGAGGACCCUGCAGAUCAUUCAGGAGCACGUCCGCGGUGGCCUCAAGGUGGACAUGAAUGGCACAGCCUACAACUACCACUACAACAACCUGGUCUCUCCCUACUACCUCGACCUCAUCGCCAACCUGUCGGGCUGCACGGCCCACCGCCACGUGCCCAACUGCUCCGACAUCUGCUUCCACCGGCGCUACCGCACGCAGGACGGCACCUGCAACAACCUGCAGCACCCCAUGUGGGGCGCCUCGCUCACGGCGUUCGAGCGCCUCCUCAAGCCCGUCUACGAGAACGGCUUCAGCGCGCCCCGCGGCCUCGGCGGCGCGGCCCUGCACAACGGCCACCAGCUGCCCCUCCCGCGCGUCAUCUCCACCACCCUGGUGGGCACCGAGACGGUGACACCCGACGACCGCUACUCGCACCUGCUGAUGCAGUGGGGCCAGUUCCUGGACCACGACAUGGACCUCACGGUGGCGGCGCUGAGCCAAGCGCGCUUCUCGGACGGGCGGCCGUGCUCCGAGGCGUGCACGGACGACCCGCCGUGCUUCCCCAUCGCCGUGCCGCCGGACGACCCGCGCGUCCGCGGCGGCGGCGCCCGCUGCAUGUUCUUUAUCCGCUCGAGCCCCGUGUGCGGCAGCGGCAUGACAUCGCUGCUCAUGAACUCUGUGUUCCCGCGCGAGCAGAUCAACCAACUGACGUCGUACAUCGACGCGUCGAACGUUUACGGCAGCACGGAGCGCGAGUCGGCGGAGGUGCGCGACCUGGCCAGCCAGCGUGGUUUGCUCAAGCAGGGCGUCAUCCAGCGCUCGGGAAAAUCCCUGCUGCCUUUCGCCACCGGGCCACCCACGGAGUGCAUGAGGGACGAGCGCGAGAGCCCCAUCCCUUGCUUCCUGGCGGGCGACCAGCGCGCCAACGAGCAGGUGGCCCUCACUGCGCUGCACACGCUCUGGCUCCGGGAGCACAACCGCAUCGCCACCGAGCUGCUGCGGCUCAACCCGCACUGGGACGGCGACACCAUCUACCACGAGGCGCGCAAGAUCGUGGGUGCCCAGAUGCAGCACAUCACCUACGCGCACUGGCUGCCCAAGAUCCUGGGGGACGUCGGCAUGAAGAGAAUGGGCGACUACCGGGGAUACGACCCCAACGUCAACGGCGGCAUCUUCAACUCGUUUGCCACGGCCGCCUUCCGCUUCGGCCACACGCUCAUCAACCCCGUGCUGCACCGCCUCAACGAGAACUUCCAGCCCAUCCCCGAGGGCCACCUGUCGCUGCGCCAGGCGUUCUUCUCACCGUACCGCGUGGUGAACGAGGGCGGCAUCGACCCGCUGCUCCGCGGCCUGUUUGGCGUCGCCGGCAAGAUGCGGGUGCCGGCCGAGCUGCUGAACCUGGAGCUGACGGAGAAGCUGUUCCACAUGGCGCACACGGUGGCGCUCGACCUGGCCGCCAUGAACAUCCAGCGCGGACGGGACCACGCCAUCCCGCCCUACAACGACUUCCGCGUCUUCUGCAACCUCACCGCGGCGGCCGACUUCGAGGAUCUCAGGAAUGAAAUAAAAAAUCCAGACGUUCGAGAGAAAUUGAGGAGGCUGUACGGCACCCCUCUCAACAUCGACCUGUGGCCUGCCCUCAUCGCCGAAGACAUCAUCCCCAGCACUCGCGUGGGGCCCUCCCUCAUGUGCCUCUUCCUCACGCAGUUCAGCCGUCUACGCGACGGAGACAGAUUUUGGUACGAGAGCCCCGGAGUCUUCACUCCAGCGCAGCUUACCCAGAUCAAGCAGGCCUCGCUGGCCCGCGUGCUCUGCGACAACGGAGACAACAUCACCAGGCUCCAGCGAGAUGUCUUCACCGUGGCCGAGUUCCCGCACGGAUACGUCAGCUGCGACACCAUCCCACGGAUAGAUCUGCGCCUGUGGAAUGACUGCUGCGAAGAUUGCCGGACAAGGGGGCAGUUUCGAGCCAUCUCUGGCCACUUCAGAACCAGACGCUCAACGGAAUUCAGCUUCCCCGAAGAUCAGCCGAGUCGGAGGAAACAAAAACGGGCGUCAUCUCUUCGAAACAGAGAGAAGCUCAGCAAUGCAACGAUUGAAGGAGACGCCGGGAGCUUCGGUGGCUACAAAAAUUUCGUCUUGGACGUCCACAACACAAUCGCAUCCCUGCGGAAUCAGAUCAGAGUGUUGGAGUCCCGUUUGAGUCGAGAACAUUGCGUCACCACGGACGGAGGCAGACAGAGCGAGGGUAGCAGCUGGGACAAGGAUGAGUGUACCAAGUGUCAGUGCAAGGACGGGCAGGUGAUGUGCCUCAUUGAAACCUGCCCUCGAGCAACCUGCCCCAACCCUGUAAAAAUGGCAGGUCAGUGCUGCCCAGUCUGUCACGAAUAUCCUGAAGUAAUCUGACUCGACAAUGUGAAGACUUCGACAAAUCGUACGUUACUUGCUUCGUUGUCAUUUUUUACAUAACUGAUCUUGAAUGAAUAUAUAUACUGCUUAUCCUAUCUGUAGCAACGCAUGGUAGGAUAAGUUCUUGUAAUGAAUGAGAUACUACAUCUCAUUUGUACUACCUUUGGAAAACAACCAUAUUUGAAGAAAAUGGAACGAUUGAGUAAAAUGGCACAUGGAGUAAUGUGUAAAAUUAUCAUGCAAUUCUGGAAUAUGCUUGAUUCUUAAUCGACAUUUGGAGUGAAAGUGUUUUGCUGCACAAUGCACCGUUUCAGUUCAUAUGCAGUUGGUUGGAACCUCAAUGUUGUAACUGGGAAGUGCUUCGGUCUGUGAACAUCAACGUGCCUGUGCAUGAUUGAAUUAAGUGGUAAUUUAAGUGGGGAGUAUUUGUCAUUUGUGAGUAUAUAUGACAUGGCAAAAGUGGAAUGAUUACUCAGGUUAUAAGUACGCAAACUGUACUUACAUUUUUCAUUCUAAGUCAUAUACAGAGAAUACAGUACAAGGACAAAAAGGUGGACACGUGUUAAACCGUUUUAACGUAUUACACAGAAGUCAUAAACAUGUUUAUGGCAAACAAUUGACGGUGGUGUAAACCAGUAUUAUACCCAAUGCCUGUGAUAUUUAGUGUAAUGUUCCUGACCAUUAACCAUAGUAAAGUAUAGUAACUUUGUGUCAUCCAAGGCCAAUGAGUGUAUACGUGAACAUGAAACACCACUGCCGUCUCCUUAUCAUUCGAUCAUUCUCCUCUCCUGAAUAUCCUUGAGCUGUAUGCACAAUUUCCCCCAUUCUGGUUUCACGUGCUACAGAUUAUGUUGCAGAAUACGGAUGUGAUUGCAAAUUCUACAAAGGUGCAUUUUUACUAUCGUGUAAUGUUUUUUUUAAUGGAAGUCAAAUUCCAUGGUCAUUUCUCCUUUUUGUAAGUUUAGUUCAAUAUUCAGUAUUUUCAAUGUCUCUUGAUAGGUAUGAUAAGUAGUUAAGUCGAAGGUCAUACCUGUAAUGUACUAAUAAACUGUAGGUAUGGUCUUCCACAGUUGUGAAGGAAAUGACGGUGAUCUAUGGUUUUGUAAACAGUUGAACUCUCAUCUGCUGCACUAUUACCCACGACUCUUAUCGUCUUUGGAACCUAUAAGGUCCACUACCUGCAACCGUGAUCUUCCUAUUAUCCGUGAUUAUCUUAGGUUACUCCCCGUUCUGUAUUGCAGAAAAGCCUCCUAUUGUCCGCCAGUGUUAAGUGGAUAAAUAUGGCCGUGUGGCAAAUUCAUACUAUUAUCUGCAUUUAUCCGUGUUACUUUCUUUUAGAUAAAUUGGAGUACAUUUGUUGACAACAUUGCAGACAAUAAGAUCUGUGAUGCCUGUCCUCACUUCGCUGCAGAUGAGAGAAAUUCUACUCUUGUUAAAAAGAAGCUAUUACAUACAAUGCCAGUACUUUAGUCAAUUUUUACCAAAGAUAACACCAUUAUAAUAAGCCAUGUCAACUGAAAAAAAAAACAUUUGUUAAUGCUUUUAAUAUAACUUGUUAAUUGAAAUAAGCUCCUUUGCAGUUAUGUAUUACGUAUAGAGGAGUUGUUUUAGCAUUUCUCAAUGCAGUAUCUAAUGCCACACCAAUAAACAUUGUUUUUAUUAAAA